AUGGAGUUGUAUGUUUAUAUAUUUGAUUGCUAUGUGUACACUGUUUAUGUAUUUUCAGUGAACGAAGGUUUGGUGGGUGAUUCAUUAAGUACAGAUCAAGGAGAUUUAAACAUUGAUGGAUCUUCUUCUAUUCCAGUUGAUGAAGAUUUGGUUGGUGUUGUAGUAAGUAAUGGUGAUGAAGCUUUUGAUUUGUAUAAUGAACAUGCAUAUAGAGUUGGUUUUAGUGUGAGGAAGGGUAAACAAUGUUACAAGGCAUCUACCAAGACAAUUCAAAUGAAGAGGUUUUACUGUUCUAAGGCUGGUUUUAAGUGUAAGGCAGAUGGUGGUGUUAAGCUUUAUUCAAAAAUUGAUACAAGGACAGGGUCUGGUGCUUUUGUUCAGUUUGAUGUGGGGGGUGAUGGAUUGUGGACAGUUGCAAAACAUAUGAAGGUGCACAACCAUGAGCUAUGUGAUUUAGAUAAGAGUCAUCUACUUCGUUCACAUAGGAGAGUGGGAAGUAACCAGCUUUCAUGUUUAAAAGAUUUGAAGCAGAGUGGAGUUGGGGUGGCAGGGGGUAUUAGGUUUUUGAAACACCAAUCAGGCGGGUCUCCAUUGGUUGGUUUCACUAGUCGUGAUGCUUAUAAUUCGUUGGCUUUUGACACAGUUAAGAGUUUAGAUGGAACUGAUUCAAAUUCGUUGAUUGAAAUAUUUAGGAGGAGGCAGUCUAAUGAGUCUGACUUUUUUUUCGAUUUUGAAGUUGAUUCUGACUCAAGACUGUGUAAUUUUUUUUGGAGGGAUGGUCAAAUGAGACGGGAUUAUGAAUUGUUUGGAGAUUUGUUAGUGCAUGAUACAACAUAUCGCACUAACAAAUAUGAUAUGAUAUGUGGGCCGUUUGUAGGGAUGAAUCAUCAUUGUAUGAAUGUAAUGUUUGGUUGUGGGUUUUUGAAGAACGAGAGGAUAGAAUCCUUUGUGUGGUUGUUUAAAGCUUUUUUAAGAUCUAUGGAUGGCAAGUGUCAACAAUCGAUUAUGACGGAUCAAUGUGCAGCCAUGGCUGCUGCUAUUUCUAUAGUUUUUCCAUCAUCACGCCAUCGUCUUUGCAUAUGGCAUAUUGACACUGAAGCUGAAUUUGAAUUCUAUUGGACUAGGAUGGUGACUGAAUUUAAGUGUCACAAGAAUACAUGGCUAGGGAAGAUUUAUGAUUGUAGGGAGAAGUGGUGUCCAGCUUUCAAUAAGGAUUAUUUUUCUGGGGGUAUUCUACCUUCACAAAGGAGUGAAACCACUAAUCAUUCAAUUUCUAGAAGGCUGUCUAAGACUGCUGGUUUGUGUGAUUUCUACUCAUCGUUUGUUAGUGUUAUUUCUGAGUGGAGAAGUAAAGAAAAUGGUGAAGACUUUCGCUGUGCUCAAGGUGUACCUGCCAUGAUGAUUGACAAUGUGAAACUUCUUUCACAUGCUAGAGAGUUGCAAACUGUUUUCUGA